GCCUGCCGAGCGGUGUUUCAAACAAGUCUAAAGUUGUCUGGACACGGGGGGAGGAUGAACCCAGCGGCGGAGAAUCGGCUGGGUGAAGUUUUUCCACAUUUCAAAUGUUUUUUAAGUAAAAUAUAAACGGUCGUUAUGUGUGUUAAAGCAGCGGUUAAAGAGACGCUGUUGUAACUGAACGGGCUAGCUGCCCUGCUAGCUGCUGCUGCUAGCCUGUUAGCCGUUAGCUCACCGCCGCCUGUGUUAGUUUUUGCGGAGACUGUGUAGUUUGAAACGGGGACAAGAUCGGUCAAGUUUCAUCACAGACUACUGGAAGGACUCCGAGGGUUUCCAGGAGGACAAGAUGGAGAACAAGGACAAAGUCCAGAUGAGGAAUCACCCUCGAAGACAGUUGAAGAAGCUGAGUGAGGACAGCCUCACCAAGCAGCCAGAGGAAGUCUUUGAUGUCCUGGAGAAGCUGGGUGAAGGGUCUUAUGGCUGUGUGUUUAAAGCUCAUUAUAAAGAGACCGGGGAGAUUGUGGCCAUCAAACAGGUUCCUGUAGAGUCUGAUCUGCAGGAGAUCAUCAAGGAAAUCUCCAUCAUGCAGCAGUGUAACAGUCCACAUGUGGUGCGGUACUACGGCAGCUACUUUAAAAACAGCGACCUGUGGAUCGUUAUGGAGUACUGUGGGGCAGGAUCAGUGUCUGAUAUCAUCCGAAUACGCAACAAGACGCUAACAGAGGAGGAGAUAGCCACCAUCCUGCAGUCCACUCUGAAAGGUUUGGAGUAUCUGCACUUUAUGAGGAAAAUCCACAGAGACAUCAAGGCUGGAAACAUCCUGCUAAACACGGAGGGUCAGGCCAAACUGGCCGACUUUGGAGUUGCUGGACAACUCACAGACACCAUGGCGAAGCGUAACACCGUCAUUGGCACGCCGUUCUGGAUGGCUCCAGAGGUCAUACAGGAGAUUGGAUACAACUGUGUGGCAGACAUCUGGUCUCUGGGAAUAACAGCGAUAGAGAUGGCUGAGGGGAAGCCGCCGUACGCUGACAUACAUCCCAUGAGGGCCAUUUUUAUGAUUCCCACCAACCCACCGCCAACAUUCAGGAACCCAGAUCAGUGGUCGCUGUCAUUUCGAGACUUUGUCAGCCAGUGUUUGGUAAAAAACCCAGAAAACAGAGCGACUGCUACACAGUUAUUACAGCAUCCAUUCAUCAAGUCGGCCAAACCCAAUUCCAUCCUCAGAGCCCUGAUCACGGACGCCAUGGAGAUCAAGCUGAAGAGACAGGAGGAGGCGGAGCAGAGAGAGCAGGACGCCGAUGAUGACGACAAUUCGGACGAGGAUGAGGUCGACCAGGGGACGAUGGUGCGAGCAGGAACUGGCGACUCAGGGACCAUCCGGGCUGCUGGCUCACUAGCAGGAUCACUGAGCAGUACGGCACGGACCAUGAUCGAACACGACGACGACACGGGAACCAUGCAGUCACAGCUGGGCACCAUGGUCAUUAACUCUGACGAUGAGGAUGAGCAAGAGGCUGGAACCAUGAAAAGGAGAGAUGAGACAAUGCAGCCGGCCAAGCCUUCCUUUCUGGAGUACUUUGAGCAGAAAGAGAAGGAGGCAAACAGCCACAACGAUGCUGGAGGGAGAGGAGACAACAAUGCAGACAACCGCAAACUGCCUCCUGAAGGAGAUCUAGAGGUGGUGAGUACGUGGUCUGUGGAGGAGCUGCGUCUACGUCUGGCCUCUCUGGACCCUCAGAUGGAGCAGGAGAUCGAGGAGAUUCGUCAGCGCUACCAGGCUAAGAGGAAGCCCAUCCUGGAGGCCAUCGAGGCCAAAAAAAGGCGGCAGCAGAACUUCUGAGACAAGCCUGAUGAACUCAGAUGGAUACUUGGUCUGUGAGUUUUCAAACUGCUGUGGUUCCACAAACGUAUCGCACAUUUAAUCCUGAAUAACUGCAGAAAAGACGACAGCCGGAUGUGACGUCUCAGCGUAGAAACCUGAGGAUACUGUCGAGGAAGACCUUCCAAAGAGAUGUUCUCUGUUUGACAGAAUGUUUAUUUUUAUAAACCAGAUUUCUUUCACUCUCUCAUUCCUGGUUUCAGCUGGAUCAGAAAUGACAGACAGGAAGUUUAGCUUCCCUCCAUCAGCAGCUCAUCUGGACUCUUAACUUUUUUUCUGUUAUAAACCGAAGUGACGGAUGUCUGUUCUUUUUUCACUUUAGUUUUUAUACCUAAACCAUGUGGUACUAUGUCGUUUAACUGCUGACUGUUUUAGGUACUCAACUGCUCAUUCCUCAUUUAUUCUCACAGGAUUGCUCAAAGCUGCUGGACUGUUAAGUCACGACAAAAAUGUCUGGAUCAUUUCCAGCCUUUGAAAGUUCAUAAAACAAACAAAAAGUUUCUCAGUGCAAACUAAUCGGUAGUUUCAGCACGUUCGUGUCUCUUUAGGCUUAUGGCAGAGGGGGGCAUGGUCAAUCAACUCUGUUAGUCUGUUCACAAAGACGUUAAUCUGGUUAUUCUGCUCAGAAUUAAAGGGAAUUAACACCAACAUUAGCUGCAAACACUGUUUAAAGUCUGAUGGUCCGCCAAAGGUCAUCAGUGUUUUUCCUCUUCAUAAUCAGGAUUAUUUUAAAAAACUGCUGAGUUUACGUAUAAUGCUACAGCACUGGAAAGUUCUGAGGAUUCUGCUUCUUUCUACAUCCAACAGCCACAAUCUAAGCAUCUGUAAGAACAGCCAAGUACAGAGUCAUUAAACCUCCCAGAAGCUCUUCUCUAUUCUCAUGGUCAUAAUAUUCCAACAAAAACGUCCUGCUGCAUCAGGAAGGGUGCCCCCCAUCCAAAUCCAGGAAGAGAUUAAAUCCAGACUAAAAUGUUUGAUUAAUCUGAUUAAUGUCUGAUUAAUCUCAGAAUUUCUCUUUUAACUGUGAAUUCUCCAUUUAAAUUUAACUUAGCUGCAUUUAAAACCAUUAUUGUUUCUUUUUUUUUCUUCUUCUUCUUCUUUUUUAAACUAAGGUUGAUUGACUUCCUGCUUGGAUAAAGAGCUGCUUUUAUUUUGAAAGAAAACAGGAACUCCAGGUAGAUCAAUCAUGAUCUCAACCACCAAAAAGGAACUUAAUCUUAAGCACCAGUAAGAAGUGCAGUAAAGAGGUAAAUGUUUGAUAACACAGAUGCAGAUGUCUUCUGACUCGUCCUCUUAGCUGUCUGCAAGGGUUUAAAGUGAGUUGAGAGAUUAAGAAGACAGUGGUGGACUUAUUUUUCAUCACCAUGUUUGCAGGAAGACGCUGACCCGGAUUUACCAAAGGGACAAUUAAGCAUGCAAUUUAUAAGAUUUAACAAAAAGAAAAGGUGCUUUAAUUAUGGACCUUAAUUAAUGGCAAUUAAUGCUGACAUCCCAAUGACAUAACACCCUGUAAGAUCCACAGGUUGUUUUGAAUCUGAAAAUAAUCUAAAGGUUUGGGUUUUUUUCGUAUAGUGUGCAUCUGUGCUUUGGAAGUGCCUAACAUCCUGUAGGUGAAGCAGCAUUUCACAAUUAAAGCCUCCUGGGGCACAGACUGGUCAUUCAAUCAGCUCUCUAAAGCAGUGAUACUCAACGUGUGGCUCUUUUGUGUCUUAAUUUGAAAUGUAAUUACACCAGAAAACCUUAAAAAAGGGAAAAUGUGACCUCAGAAAUUGUCCAUUGCAAGCCACAUUAUUAAGUUUGUUUCCUUCACUUAAGUUGGCUUUAUAUGUCAACUGAAAAUUUUUUGUACGUAGAUUUCUAUUGCCCUUAUUUACAAUUUUUUUGCCCCUUUUUUAUUUUUUGCCACCUUUAUACUUUUUUGUCCUUUUUGCCACUUUACACCCAUUAAAGCUGCCUUUUGUGAUUGAAUGCCACUUUUUUCACUUUCUUGCCAUUCUUUGGUGCUCUUUGCCCUUUUUAGUCAC